AUGCUUUGGAAUAAAAAAUUUAGGAGAUGUGAUUGUGGCAACAAAGUAGGGAAUAACGUCGUCGGGGGUCAAUUUUCGCUGGUCGGAAAUGUUCCUCCUCCCACGUUAAUAAAUAAAAUAAAAUUUCCCGGUCCGCCUCAUGUGAAAAAAGACAAACGACAAGGUUCAUCAAGGUUUAAUAUAUCUAAAGACCGCGAACUACAAAAAUUACCUCUUCUCAAAGAGGUACCAAGUAAUGAAAAAGAAGAAUUGUUCAUUCAAAAAAUACGCCAGUGUUGUGUCUUAUUUGACUUCGUGACAGAUCCAUUGUCUGAUUUAAAAUGGAAAGAAGUGAAACGAGCUGCUUUACACGAAAUGGUGGAAUAUGUGACAACGCAAAGAGGUGUCAUAACGGAGGCCAUAUAUCCGGAAGCUGUGCGCAUGUUUACGGUAAAUCUUUUUCGAACUUUGCCACCAUCGAGUAAUCCGAACGGUGCGGAAUUCGAUCCGGAAGAAGAUGAACCGACUUUGGAAGCCGCCUGGCCUCAUCUUCAAUUCGUCUAUGAAUUUUUCCUUCGUUUCGUGGAAUCUCCAGAUUUCCAACCGAAUUAUGCAAAGAGAUAUAUCGAUCACAAAUUUGUGUUUCAGUUAUUGGAAUUGUUCGAUUCGGAAGAUCCGAGAGAGCGAGAUUUUCUCAAGACUACUUUACAUAGGAUUUACGGAAAGUUUUUGGGACUGAGAUCGUACAUUCGAAAACAAAUAAAUAAUAUUUUCUAUAGGUUUAUAUACGAGACUGAACAUCACAAUGGCAUUGCCGAGCUUUUGGAAAUAUUAGGAAGUAUUAUUAACGGAUUUUCAUUGCCAUUAAAAGACGAACACAAGGUGUUUCUAUUAAAAGUUUUAUUGCCAUUACACAAAGUAAAGUCAUUAUCAGUUUAUCAUCCGCAGCUCGCAUAUUGUGUCGUACAGUUUUUGGAAAAAGACGCAUCACUAACGGAACCCGUUAUAAAAAAUUUGCUCAAAUAUUGGCCAAAGACGCAUUCUCCCAAAGAGGUGAUGUUUUUAAACGAAUUGGAAGAAAUAUUAGACGUGAUCGAGCCCGCAGAAUUUCAAAAAGUCAUGGAUCCAUUAUUUAGACAAUUGGCCAAAUGCGUGUCAUCGCCACAUUUUCAAGUUGCCGAAAGAGCUUUGUAUUAUUGGAAUAACGAAUAUAUAAUGUCGUUGAUAAGUGAUAACGCGGCUGAAAUAUUACCAAUAAUGUUUCCUUCACUUUACCGUAAUUCUAAAUCCCAUUGGAACAAGACUAUUCACGGACUUAUUUAUAAUGCUCUUAAGCUUUUUAUGGAAAUGAAUCAAAAAUUAUUCGAUGAAUGCACUCAGCAAUACAAAGAAAAACUAAAGAAAGAAAAAGAUAAAAGGAAAGAAGAUAUUUGGUGCAGAAUAGAGGAACUCGCUAAACGCAAUCCUAAUUAUGCUCCAAAUAAAAAUAAUAAUAGUAGUGUGUCUAGUUAUGAUAAUGUCGGUUUCGGAGAUCAAGAGCCAGAGGUAGAUAUGUCAUAUGAAAAAGUUCAAGCCGAGUCAAACAAGGUUCGUAAACAGUUGAAUGCGGAUAAACCUUUGCUUCGACGGAAAUCCGAACUCCCUCACGAUACGUAUACAAUAAAAGCUCUCAACGAUCAUAAAAGAGCGGAUGAAUAUUUGUCAACGCCACCGGAUGUAAACAAAUGCUAA